ACCCCGACCCAACCAUCGCGACCCACACGAACCACGUUCCACGCCCGCGCGGAAAAGACGGGUUGAGAGAGAGAACCCAAAAAAAAAAAAAAAGAAGUUAGGGGAGGAGGACGACGACCCGGCGGCCGGAACGUCAAACGCGGACGCACGCACGUCGUCGGGAAGUAAUAAUGUACCAGGCCAUCCCCUACAGCAGCGCCCGGCCGUGGCUGAUGCCGCCAGCGGCUGAGGCGGCAGCCGUCGUCGCCGUGAAGCCGGAGCCGGUGGUGGUGACGACGACGACCGUCGUCGCGGAGGCUGCGGCUGCGGCGGAGGUGGAGAGCGCCCGGCCCGGCGCCGCGGCUGGCGCUGGCGCUGGGGCCGGGGACGACGACGGCGGCAAGGCGGAAGUCGGAAGGGCCGUGGCGGAGAGCCCGGUGCUGGUGGUGGGGCGGCGCGGGUGCUGCCUGAGCCACGUGGUGAAGCGGCUGCUGCAGGGGCUCGGCGUGAACCCGGCCGUGCACGAGGUCGCCGACGAGUCCGCGCUCGCCGGGGUCGUCCCGGCCGCCGACGCCGCCGCGCUGCCCGCUGUGUUCGUCGGGGGAAAGCUCCUGGGCGGGCUCGACCGGCUCAUGGCCGUCCACAUCUCCGGCGAGCUCGUGCCCAUCCUCAAGAAGGCCGGUGCCCUCUGGCUCUGAUUUUAAUCUUAGUCUAUCGAUCAGCAGCGUAUUUCUCCUUUCCUUUUUUUUCCUUUUCCCCCCACCUUCCAGAAAUGAUGGCGUCGUCGUGCUUUAAUCCUGGCCGUUGGAUCGAUCGAGUAAAUUACAUCACAUCGCGGCGGAUGCGUUGGCAUAGUAGGACUUUGAUUUUCUUUUUCUUUAUUUACUUUUUUAAUUAGGAGAAGCAAAAAAAAAAGAACAAUGAGAAUUCUAAUCGCAAAAUUUAUCUAGGAGUAAUAGCUUGUCUGGUAGCCUGCGUGCGUGCGUGUGUGAUGAUGAGGGCUCGCUUCGCGUCUUCCAUGCAUCCAUCCAUCCAUCGUGUGAAUACGGAAGACGAGCGAGAGAGACAGAGGGACGUCGUCUGCUGCCGCAUCUGUACAGUCGUUUCCGUUUCGGAUUUUUAAUGAGGAUGAGCUGUCCAGUUUCGCA